AUGUCUGGCUUUGGAAGGAAGCCGUCCGCCACGGCCGAGGACCUGUUUGGCUCCCUCACCCUCGAUGACAAGCCAUCUGGCUCGAGGCCGCCCCCGCCGCCGGCAGCCCGCCGACCUGUGCCUCCCCCAGCAGGACGUGAGAAUGCCAACCCCAGAGGACCUCCUCCCGCUCAUCGCCCGUCUCGCUCUCAAGAGGAAGACCCUCGCUCCAGGAGGCCCCGUGGAAACGGAAAUAGCGGCACACUCAUCGACAUCGACUCUCCCCCGCAGCAGCGAAGAACGGAGAGGCGUCCGCGCAGGAACUCGGAUACGUCCGUGCUUGAUUUGACCGAGGAUGAGAAGGAGAAGAGGGCCCGUGAUGCCAGGCGGCGUGAGCGCGAGCGCGAGCGUCGUCACCGUGAAAACAAGGAGAAGAAGCCUACCAACCGCAAACUCGACAUUAUUGACCAGCUUGAUGCCACAAGCAUUUAUGGAACCGGAAUGUUCCAUCACGAUGGCCCGUUCGAUGCUCUCAACCCCCACCGGAACAAGAAGUCAAGUAGACCCGCUCCUAUGGAAGCCUUCCCUGAAGGCUCGCUGAACAACAGUCUUGGUGGCGCUGGACCUUUGAACCCCCGACCCGAUCAUGCCACGUUCAUGGGUCAACACGACCAGGAGGCCUAUAUCGAUUGGCAAACCAAGGACAAGAAUGUUCCAUCCAAGAGUGAGCUGCCCGUUUUCGACCCUACCGCCCGCGGCAGCGCCGUGCACGGUGACGAGUCUCUGGGACUUGGCAGUUCGACUUUCUUGGAAGGCACACCGGCUGCGCGUACCGCGAUCCAGCAACGCCAAGACGAGCUUGCUCAGGAGUUGACUACCAAUGGUCUGGCACGCAAGAAGUCCCUUGCUCACCGGAUUCGCAACAUCAACAAGGGCACUUCCCGUGAGCGGGAGUUCCAGUCUCUUGGCAGACUCAACAGCACGGAUUACAACUACGCGAGGUCUCCCCCAGGCGACGGCGGUAGAACUUCUAACAGCAUGAAUACCCCAAACUCGGAGCGCAACCCCUUCUUUUCGGAAUACAGCCAGGGCAAGGGAGGAGAGGAGGGCUUUAGCGUGCGGAGGACCGACAACAACUGCCCUAGAGGGAACCUGGAGCGUCGGGCCACCACAGAUGCGGCCAUGAACCUCGAGGAAGCACAACAAAAGCCAACCGGUAUUAUCGGCCGCAUGAAGAGUUUGAAGGGCGGACGGAGGACCCGUCCUGCCCCUCCUGGCGCUGAUGCCGGUCCUGUGCCCUCGCAAUACGCGUAG